CAGAAACUGUAGGAUUUCCCCAAGGAUCUGCUUAGAGAUUAUAUUCAUAACUCAAGGGGCCCUGGAAACUGUAUGAAGAUUACAGUCUUGACCCAGACACGAUCUGUCAGCAUAGUUUCCAAGUCUGUGUGUGAGAAGUUCCAUAUUCAUUCCGUUAGUACUUACCUCUAAGAUACAGGGUCUGGCUUAGUCUGGGUAUAUUUGCGGCGUUCAGUACGUUUUGUUUUUUACUCAUUUAUUCCGCCACAAAAACGCAUAAAACACUAAGGGUUACCCUACAUCUGCUUGGAGAUUAUCCUUUAAAAGACACAAGUCCCCGACGGAUGAGAAGUAGGUCAUGCUAUUUGCUCGAUCUUCACUGUCAGUGCUUAAACUGCAAACUCUGACAGAUGAAACUGGCUGAAAAUUAUUGAUUUACGUUAUUUUAUCGAGAAACCAUAUUGACCAAGCACUCGUAAAAAUGCCUCCUUGCAAAUGAACUACGACACAUUCGGGUUUCUUUUUUAGGUUGUAAGGCUGUGUAAGAUCAACGGGCAAGGCUCCAAGCCGGAUCUUAAAUACUAGUCAGCGCCAGCUGUUUGUUUAGCUGUCAAGAACAAGUACCGCGUUGGCUGUGUUAUCGGUCCCAGUAUGUUCGCCUUAGCAAGGAUCGCAGGUUCCGUGUCGCUAAUCGUGUGAGAAAUGUGGAGACGGCUUCGUUUGUAUGCCGUCGUUGUGAUGGCAGCAGCAACAACUUUACUGACAAGCUAUAUAAAGGACAGCUUCUUGCGGAGAGGGAAAAGUUACAGACGUCCAGCCAUGACUUCCACACUCUUCGGUGCCAAUCACAAAGACAGGGAAGACGUUAUGUACGAUUUCUUGGAAAACUUUCAACCGAAACUCGACCCCAACUGGGAACUGCAAUACGAGAGCUACACCAGGGACAGAGACUUCAUGCCCUCGACAUGUCCCUACGGAUUAGUUCACAGGAAGAACAAGUCGCGAUGGUUCGAGUCCAGGUACAUCGACGACAUUAAGAUGUUCAUGGACAAGGAAGACAUAAAGGACGAGAGCUUCAAGAAGCUACAGGCCAAAUAUCUCCUGCCCUUCGGCUACAAGGACAAGAAUAGAACCGCUGUUGAGGAGAUUUUCAGCGUGCUGCCCCACCCCCCUGUGGUGAGGGAGGGGAGGAAGAAGUGUGUGCGGUGCGCCGUUGUGGGCACGGGUGGACAGCUCAAGGGGUCCCGGAGGGGGAAGGAGAUAGACAGCCACGACUAUGUCUUCAGGCUGAAUCACGCGCUAGUCGGAAGUUUGUACGUUCGGGACGUUGGGAACAAGACUUCCUUCUACAUCUUCUUCCCAGAGUCCGGGCACGUGCAACACGUCAUCAAAUCGGACCCUAUCCUAGUCUACAUCCCGUUUAAGGACUGGGACCUGGCGUGGAUGGCCGGGUGGCUGAUACGGAAGAAGGUUCCGCCCCCUCAGUGCUGGAUAGACAAGGAACCCGACUGUCGCAAAUAUGGCUAUCCCGGUGAGCCGAAGCUGGUACGACCGGAGCGGCUCCGUCUGGCCCACCCUGACUUCCUUCGCUACGUGUUCUGUAACUACCUGAACGCCACCGGACAGAGACCCACCACGGGAGUCUUCACCGCCUUCAUGGCCGUGCACAUGUGUGACCAGGUAUCUCUCUAUGGCUUCGGAUUCGACCCGAGGUACCCAAUGCACUACUACGACCAAGACAUCUUCACAGAGCCCAGAGAGAACGACACAGCGCACAAUUUCGGAAACGAGCGGGCGCUUUGGCGGAUUCUGGAUCGGGAAAACAUCGUUCGCUGGGUUCGGAGAUGAUAUGGGCUACGUUGCAAGGAAAUCGUUCUUUCCCUCUGUGCUUCCUUAUUGUCGUUCUGAUCAGUAUGGAAAAUUCGAUUGGCACGCAAUUUGAGAAACUGAAACAAAAUGGCAGUCAGAUGAAACAUGUCGUUUCUUCCUACGCUGUAAAAUACAAUGUAGUUCUCUUUUCACUUUAUCGCCGCCUGACAUUGUUAAGUAAACGCCACUAACAGAGUAACAGACAUUCUGUUCAAACAGACAGUUUAUUUCAUUUUGCCUUCUUAGAUAAAAUACGCUGGCAUCACAAUUUGUUGGUCAUUUGCAAUACUUAGAUUGUCCACAGGACAUAAAACGAGGUAAUUGGCCAUAUUAGACAAAAUGAAACAUGUUCCGUAAGACGGAAAUAAGAGAUGCUUCAUGUGACAUGCUGACAAAAUAUCAUUCAUUGCUGAUGACACAACAAAGUCUGCUCGUACACGUUUCUUCUUGCAUUACUUUGUUUUCAAACUCUACCAAAAUGUUGCUGUUGAAUUGCUGGGUGUUCUAAUAUGAAAGGUGCAAGUAUGGACAUCGGACCUUCUGGCAAAGCAAUAUGUAAUGCAAAUUUUCAUGACUUCACCAAGACGACAACAUAAAGUCAUAAACCCAGGUACCACUGACCCCUUAAUGAUGUCAUGUGAAUUGAAAAUAAUGAACACUAUACCCCAAACAGUCAUAUUCACAAUGAGUUGAAUUAUGUAUUGUUCUUAAAAUCACACAUAACUUUCGUUUGAGUAAUAUGACUAUAUGUUGACAAAACUACGUCUUAGCAUUUCUUAAUUUCUUUCCAAACUAAGAAGACACACCAGCAUUUUGUUGGUUCCGUUGGUCCCGACGAUAGAUGACGUUACCAUGCACUGCGCCUGCGUGGUGCAUAAGGUGCCAGGGGCCGUCGAACUCUUCCCAGCAUUCCCUGCACAGCCAGCGGCGCGGCAUUUCCUGGUCUGGAAAGUAGCGAUCAUGAUAUCAUGAGUUAGCAAAUGGAACACGAAAUACAACCAAACAGACGAAGAAUAACAAAAUCCAUAUGUUACACUUGCCCGCUUU